UGGCUGAGGGAAGGAGGUUCUCACCCAAGAUUUGACGGUACAUGGCCCCGUCCAUCGUCCCUUUGAUGCAGUGAAGUUGUCCUGUCCCCUUAGCAGAAAAACACCCCCAAAGCAUAAUGUUUCCACCUCCAUGUUUGACGGUGGGGAUGGUGUUCUUGGGGUCAUAGGCAGCAUUCCUCCUCCUCCAAACACGGCGAGUUGAGUUGAUGCCAAAGAGCUACAUUUUGGUCUCAUCUGACCACAACACUUUCACCCAGUUGUCCUCUGAAUCAUUCAGAUGUUCAUUGGCAAACUUCAGACGAGCAUGUAUAUGUGCUUUCUUGAGCAGGGGGACCUUGCGGGCACUGCAGGAUUUCAGUCCUUCACGGCGUAGUGUGUUACCAACUGUUUUCUUGGUGACUAUGGUCCCAGCUGCCUUGAGAUCAUUGACAAGAUCCUCCCGUGUAGUUCUGGGCUGAUUCCUCACCGUUCUCAUGAUCAUUGCAACUCCACGAGAAGUAAUUGGGCAAGUGGAGGUGAAAUCCUGCACGGAAACAAGCAAUGUGGUCUGUGCGUGUCCGAACGGCACUCACAAAGUGACCUCUGAAGAAAUAAAGAGGUGCUGCAAUAACUGCUCGCCUGGAGAAAAGAUCUCAAAAGAAUGUGGAAUUGAUCUGCGCACAAAUUGUACUCCGUGUGAUGAUGAGACUUACAGCAAUGGGAGCGGCAUCUGCAUCCCAUGCACCAAAUGCAAGUCCAGUGAAAAUGAAACAUCGCCUUGUGAGAAAACAAACGACAGAAGGUGUGAGCCGAAAAAUAUAGAUGAUGCUCGUGGAAUCGUAAUCGGGGUUAUUAUAGCUAUAUUUGUAUUGGUUGCGAUAGUGACAAUACUAAUAGCUAAGUGGUGCUGUAAAAAGACGGAGGUGAAAAACCAGAGAGCAUCUAUCACGGACAUGGAGUCUUCAAAUAAAAUUGAACUUAUAUAGACAAUUUGUGCAUAAAAUGCAAUGCAAAGUGCUUUACAAGACAUUCAAUUGAUGCAUUUGUUGUUCCACGUGACCUUGGGGGGGAUUACAAUGGCUUAGCGAGAGUUUCAUUGCAAAUUGCAGGGGUUCCCUUAACUUUCCCAAUUCACGACCCACAUGAGUAGCCGCAGAUCAUUUUAUGGAUCCUCAUGCCCAUUGAGACUGUGUAUGUGCGUGGGUGGCUGGUGACUUCUACAUCAUAGGAUGCACAAGUAGAAACCAUCGUUACACAUUGUGGAAGCCAUGUUAGCAACAAAGGUACGCGUAUCAGAGGAGCCUUCCUGUAUGUGGAGGCAUCGGAGUGUAAAGCGCACAGGGCGAUGGUGCAGUUUUGCAAAUAGAGACACACAGACAUGGAGACUGACGUACACUGAAACAAAGACACACAAACAGGAUUGCACUCACAGAAGAUCCUGAUAAUUAAAGACCAAUCUCUAUUCUUUCACGAGUGAACAAAAAUACUUCAAUCACAAAUAAACUGCGCCCUAAAAACCCAUAACCUCCAGCACUGUAAAACGGUCUGGUUUUCGAGAGGUUUACUGCACCACCACAGCUAAUAUGAAUGUAUUACAUUUUAUUUUCAGUAACCUGGAUAAAGGCCACUACUGCUAUGCACUCUUGUCAAAAGCCUUUUCCACCAUUGGCCAUGAUAUUCUACUGACAAGACUUGGUCAACUAAAAUUGUUCAGGCGGUACAAUAAAAUGGUUUCAGAGUUGCCUCUCAGACCGUUUUCAAAAGGUAAAUAGUGAUAGCACCUCGUCCACGAGUAUUAAAAUAACAAAGGGUGUUCCACAAGGUUCCAUGCUGGGUCCAAUUCUGUUCUUAUAUUUUUUCAUUAUUACCUUUCUCAAACCUGGAAUGCAGUGGGAAUAUCAAAAGGGCUGUUCUCCAUAUAUUUAAACAAUCUUGGAU